AUGGCGAGCCCUGGACGGAUCGAGCUGGACAAGCUGAGCGUGGAGCAGCUCAAGGGGCUCAAGGAGCAGACGGAUCUGGAGUUCAACCUCCUCCAGGACAGCCUCACCAAGAUCCGCACCGCCGCCACUCGACUCGAGAACGCCUCCGCCGCGCUCCAUGACCUAUCCCUCCGCCCCCACGGCACGUAUCGUCGUACCCCUCCUCCGAUCCCCUUGGUUACCCGUGCCGGGAAGAAGAUGCUCGUGCCCCUCACGGCGUCCCUCUACGUGCCCGGCUCGCUGGACGACGCCGAGAAGGUCCUCGUCGAUGUCGGCACCGGUUACUUCAUCGAGAAAACCAUGGCUCAGGGGAAAGAAUACUGUGAAAGGAAAAUUAAUUUAUUGAAGUCAAAUUUUGAUGAACUGGCUGAGGUGGCUACAAAAAAGAAAGCCAUAGCAGAGGAUAUGGCUAUGCUACUACAAGCCAAGCUGAGGCAAGCAUCACCUGGCCCAAGUUCAUGA